AGAUUCUCAAAUUUUAUCUAAUAUACGCAUAAAUACCAAACAAAAUUUUUGAAUUGUUUGCUUUGUACAUAAGCCUGUGAUUAAUCAAUAAUUAAGACAAAUAAAUACAUGCAUUUACAUGUUUAAAUGCAAUGGGUUUGGAUAAAUCUGUUGGGUUUAUGGUGAUUAUGGUGUUGGUGGCAUUUUUUGUUAGCUCAUGCAGUGGCGCCACCGCGGGAGAAAUAUGGGGAUAUCACAAGAACAAUGCCAAGGAGAAGUAUGCUGAUGCAAAGGAGGCUGCAAAGGAGGCUGCAGAGUCAUGGACUGGAUGGGUCACGGACAAUGUCUCUCAGAAAUUGGCCCUUUUCACCAGAUAUCAAUCCACUGGUUCCGCGAAAAGUACCAAAGAUACCAUCACUGAUUCUGCUUCUGAAGCAGGACAAUACGGGUAUGAUAAAGCCGGGGAGAUAAAGGAUUCAGUUGCAGAGAAGGCCUCACAAGGGACGGAUAAGGCAUCAGACAUGGUGGAUGAGGCUAAGAAAAUAGCGGGAGAGAAAGCUGAUGAAGUUGGCCGUUCCACCGGAAAUGCCAAGGAGAAGGCAUCUGAGACAGCUGAACAGGGAAAACAGAAGGUAGCAGAGAAAGGAAAUGAGGCUUAUGACAUGACACAGAAGGCAAAAGACAAGGCCUAUGAGGCUAGUGAGAUUGUGAAAAAUAAGGCGACGGGGAAAGGAAAUGAGGCCUAUGACAUAACACAGAAGGGGAAAGACUUGGCAUCUGAUAGUGCAGAGUAUGCAAAGAAGAUGGCAGGAGAAAAGGGAGAUGUGGCUUAUGAGAUGGUAGGACGAGCAAAAGAGGUGGCUUAUGACACUGCAGGGGCUGCAAAAAAAGCAGUUGAGAAAGGAAAUGAGGCCUAUAAUGUGACAGGGCGAGCAAAAGACGUGUCCUCCAGUACAGCCGAGAGUGCAAAAAAGAUGGCAACAGGGAAAGGGAAGGAGGCCGAUAACAUGACUGGACGAGCAAAAGAGGUGGCCUCUGAUGCAGCUGAGGGUGCAAAACAGAUUGCAGCUGAGAAAGGAAAGGAGGCCAAUGAGAAAAUUGAGGCUGUGAAACAGAAGGCAACAGAGAAAGGAAAUGAGGCAUAUGAAAUGGCAGGGAGAGCGAAAGAGAAGGCCUACGACUUGGCGGAUGCUGCAAACCAAAAAACAGUAGACAAAGGAGAUGAGUCCUAUGACAUGACACUGAAGUCGAAAGACAAGGUGUGGGAGUGCGUGUGUACAGAACGUGCAAAUGACAAGGUGACAGACACGAUGAACGAGGCCUAUCAAAAGGCUGGUGAGAUGGCAGGACAAACAAAGGAGGCAGCAGAUAAGAACUUAGACUGGGCUAAAGAAAAGGCUAAGGAUGGGUAUGAAGCUGCAAAGGGAAAAGCUGGGGAAACUAUAGAUUCAGCUAAAGAGACCAUCUCAUCAAAUAUGGAAGCUGCUAACAAGAAGUCCCAGAAAAAGUGAAAGACAGACAUGCAGUCCAGCAUGGAGAAGAAUCUUGAGUUGUAUUAUUCAUUAACAUUCUUUAGGCUAGAUUACUUUAACCUCUCCUCUUAUGAGCUGCAGUGUUGUAAGUUGUAAUGAGUGCUUGCUUAUAUCUACUCUAUGUUGUAUAUUACUAAAUAUUAUGUGUGAUACUCAUG